UCAAUCUGCAUCAUGCCUCUCAAGCCCUUUCUCUUCUCCGCACUGGCCACUCUCGCCUCGGCCUCUCCGCUGCUCUAUACGCGGACGACCAAUGAGACUUUCGUCUUCACCAAUGCCAAUGGCCUCAACUUCACUCAGAUGAACACCACCCUGCCGAACGUGACCAUCUUUGCAACGGGUGGUACCAUUGCCGGUUCUGACUCCAGCUCAACAGCCACGACCGGCUACACCUCUGGAGCAGUCGGUGUCCUGUCCCUUAUCGAUGCAGUCCCGUCCAUGCUGGAUGUGGCCAAUGUUGCCGGUGUGCAGGUGGCCAACGUGGGAAGCGAGGAUAUUACCUCUGACAUCUUGAUUUCCAUGUCCAAGAAGCUGAACCGCGUCGUGUGUGAGGAUCCGACCAUGGCCGGCGCCGUCAUCACCCACGGCACAGACACCCUCGAGGAAACUGCCUUCUUUCUGGACGCCACCGUCAACUGCGGCAAGCCGAUUGUCAUUGUGGGUGCUAUGCGCCCGUCCACGGCCAUUUCGGCUGACGGACCCUUCAACCUCCUUGAAGCUGUGACGGUGGCUGCCUCUACUUCGGCGCGCGAUCGCGGUGCCAUGGUCGUCAUGAACGAUCGUAUUGCCUCGGCCUACUACGUGACCAAGACUAAUGCAAACACCAUGGACACCUUCAAGGCCAUGGAGAUGGGCUAUCUCGGCGAGAUGAUCUCGAACACCCCUUUCUUCUUCUAUCCGCCCGUCAAGCCAACCGGCAAGGUGAUCUUUGACAUUGCCAACGUGACUGAAAUCCCCCGCGUGGACAUCCUGUUCUCCUAUGAGGACAUGCACAACGACACCCUGUAUAAUGCAAUCUCUAGUGGUGCCCAGGGAAUUGUGGUUGCUGGUGCUGGUGCUGGAGGCGUCACGACCUCCUUCAACGAGGCCAUUGAGGACGUCAUCAACCGUCUGGAGAUCCCCGUCGUGCAGAGUAUGCGCACUGUCAACGGGGAAGUGCCGCUGUCGGACGUGAGCAGCGACACGGCUACCCACAUCGCCAGCGGAUAUCUGAACCCGCAGAAGUCGCGCAUUCUGCUGGGAUUGCUGCUAUCUCAGGGAAAGAAUAUCACAGAGAUUGCGGACGUCUUUGCUUUGGGCACGGAUGCAUAGGUAUCGAUGGAAACAUUGUAUAUAAUAAUGACCGCAUGUAAUGAUCAUGAUCGAUUGCAAUAGAAAGUGACUGUAUGUAUAUCAGCAAAGGACACCGAGCGCUUUCCCCAGAGCUUCGUAAAUAACUCUAUCCUACCGACGACAACUCUUGAUCUCUUAUCUCUUCCCCCCCUCGUAUUCAGGGCGUCGGACAUGCAGGGUGCGUUGCGCCCGAAGGAUCCGAGGAUAAAGUGACACGAGCCCGAGGAUGAUCCUUGCAUACCGUAGGGCACCUCACGUUCAUUGCCGGUUCUUUGUGUCGAGCACAG